UAAUAAACCUAUAUGCAUGAUGGCCCAAACUCCACUUUUGUCCUACCCAAUGUAAUUGCUUACUACACUCAAAUUUUAUUCUUAACCUAAUAAUAGUACAUGUUUAAUGCUACGUAAACUACUUUAUAUUACUGUAUACUACGUACGUAAACUCAAAGUCAGUAAUGCCUUGGCGAUUACUUAAUCAAGAACAGAAAAGAACAGUAGAACAAUCAAGAAUAAGAUCAUCAUCAUUUUUGUGUCACAUCUAUACACUCCUAAUACUCCUAAUUCUCUCCUCUUUUUCUCUCAUUGUAAACUAUCAACUUUUUAUAUAAAUCAACCCCAUAUCCACUAAUCAAUAUUGUUUUUCAAUUAUAUAUUUCUUCUGAUUUUUCAUAUUUUUCACAUUUUUGAUAUAAUUAGAUUAACAAAUUCUAACAAAUGAUCAAUUCAACUAAUACAUCACCUUCUCGAUCUAACGAUACAAAUAGUACUAGUCCUAGUAAUAACAAUAAUAUUAAUAUUAAUAACAAUAAAAUUGGAAGUUCAACCUCAUCUCCAUUCAAGGCACCUCCAGGUUUUAUAAGGAACGAUGUAAAUUCAUCGCCCGCGCUGUUCCUGUCUCCACAAAAUACUCCAAAAACCUUACCAUCUACUAAUAACUCUUCCCCUCAUCUCCAAAAUAACAAUAGUGCUCAUAAUUCUCAACGUAGUAAUUCAAUUUCUACUGUCUUGAGUAAUAAUUCUGUACCACCUAUCUCUCCAAGAAAUAGUAUUGUCAAUAAUCAUCUUCAUGAUUUGAGAUCUGGUUCAACUUCAUCGUCUAAUUGUGUAUCUACAAGUCCAAUCACACUGAAUUAUAAUUAUAGUUAUACGACUGUCAAUUCAAACGCUGUACAACGAUCCCCCACUUUUAAUCAUCGGAACUUAAGUACUGGUACUCCUCCGCUUCCAAUUACUACUGUUAACACUAAUAACAGUAUGAAGCGAUAUUCUUAUUCAUCUGGAAGCGCCGGCGGUGACAACAAUCCUAACUCCAAUUCCAAUGCCAAUGCCAAUGCCAAUGUCAAUUCUUCAUCGGUUUCGGGAUCCAGUUCAUCACCCCAGCAGUACAAUAGUGAACAAAUUUUUGAUCUUAUGGAGCGUGAACAGGACGCUAUAGUCCUUAAAUUAAUGAAUGAUGAUGAUACCAUGGAUGCAUCGAAUGAAGGAACUACAAAAGAUACUAAGAAAUAUAAAUAUACAGAUUAUGACAAAAUUAUAGAGGAGAAUAAUAGUUUAAAACGGGAAAUUCAAACUUUGAAGGUUAAACUUGAAGAGUUGGAAAGGAGGUAGCUUUUUUAUUUAAAGCUUUUUUUAUAUGGUUUUUGGGAUAUAUUAUAAAACAAGAGGAGGAUUGAUUUCUGUUUAGGCUACAAAUAAAUAAAUAUAUAGAUGCAUUUUUGUAGUAAUUAUCAUUAUAAUUAAUAAUAAUAUAUAUACAUACAUACAUCUCACAUUGUCUUUUCCUUCACUUACAUUUUGUAUGGCGUGCAACACUAAGCGG